AUGGACGAGAAUGGCGCUUCACAGGUAGUAGGCGCCUUGGAGGCUAUUUACUCGCCGAAGUCAGAUAAUGCGCGACGCCUGGAAGCACAGAAGUUCCUAGACGAAGUGAAGAUGCACGAGGAGUCGCCACUUUGGGGGUAUGAGAUCGCUCUCAACAAUCCCGGGAACUCAAUUCUGAAGCACUAUGGUCUAGGUUUAUUGGCUUUCGCAAUUAAGCGGCGCUGGGCUGAUUAUGACCAGAAUAGGAGGAUUGCUUUGAGAAAAUGGGUCGUCGAGCUAAAUUACAGAGUUCAGGAAAGCGAUCCACGAUACAUCAAGGAAAAGCUGGCGUUUCUAUGGGUCGAAGUUGCCAAGUGCGUCUGGGGCGAGGCCCUCAAAGACGACGAUCCUACUGACCAACAAUUAGAGGAGUCGUGGGUUGGCAUGGACAAUGAUCUUUCCGCGCUGUGGCAGCUGAGCGAGGCCUCGCGGGAGCUGACGCUUAUUAUAUUCAGAACCUUAUUCGAAGAUGUGUUUCUUGUCGAGGACCUCACUGUUCUAAAGCGGAUUUCGGUCAUCCAACCCUUAUGCGUGAUGGUAAUCAGCCCCAUGGAUGUUUUCACAGCACGCUAUCGAUUCACGGACAAAUGGACCCUGUUCAAGAGCAAUGGCAAUGGCUGGUUCGAACAUUGGGUUUCUGAGCUGCGCGCUGCUUUAACAGUGGGAAACAGUGUCUACGUGGUCAGGCUCCUUGAAACGCUCAAGACAUGUCUUAACUGGCCCUUGAGCGAGAUCAUGAUUCGCAACGAUGUUUGCGGUCUUUUAUUGGAGUGUCUCCUGAGCAAUAUUCCCAAAGCUCAGUCUAUGGCCCUCGAUUCUUUGCAUAUCCUCCUAACCCGUCCGUACAACGACGAAUCGCAUUACCAAACUGUCAUUAACAGAGUUUUCAGCAGUAUGGACCUCCUGGAUAAGGUCUAUGACAAUUUACAGUUUGAUCCCAACGAAAUUGACGAACAAAAAUACCCUAUUGUCAAAAAGUUCGUUGACAUGGUGAGCUGCCUCUACACCUGUGUUUUUAAGACAGACGAGGACGAAGCCACGAUACAGAAGUAUCUAAGGCUCGUGCUAAGAACUACAUUCAAUCCUAGCUUGAUUGUAAGUGGAUUAACUCUUGACUUGUGGUGCUCAUGUCUGCGAAACGAUGAUUUUCUACCUGCACUCGAGGGAUCCAUAAUACCAGAGCUUUUACAAUUCUCCGCAGAUGCUUUGAUUUAUUAUGAGCAGAUUGAGAAUCAUGUUUCUAAGAAAUUUGCUGACAUCGACUUUCAAUCCAAAUCUGAAUUCCAGUCGUUUUGUUCAACUUAUAGAAAGAGGAUUAGGGACAUUAUACGUUUGAUCUCUUGUGUUCAGUUAGACUUUGCUUAUGACUGGCUAAAUGCAAGAUUGAAUUCGUACUUUAGCUCUCCCUUCGGGCAGCAAGUUUUGAGCUCCCAGUUUCUGGACCACAAAACGGAACCUUACUUGAGCUCAUUAUCUCAGCUAAUGGUAGUCGAAUGCUUUAUCAACGGAUGCAUACGAUGGAAGAUAUGGUUUCCGGACACGUCCUCUUACAAUACCAAACUCAAUGAAAUUUUAGUGAAGAUUGAGACCCUUUCAGAUCAGCUCAUCGCACUCAAUUUGAAGGAGCCACUACUUUUAAAAAAACAGAUACAAAAUUUCGCUUUAUUCCUAACCAUGCUAAAGGAUAAUGUCCUUUUGAAGCUGCUAGAAAAGAUUAUAACUAGCGCGACUCUUGAUUAUCCGAACGUGGACUUGGAUGAGAAGAAUGAGCACUCGGAUGCUGUGAGAGAUUUGAGAUAUGCAUGCGGCAUAGAGUUGAACAGAAUGGCUAUUUUGAUGCCCGACUCUUUGGGAAAGAUAUAUGACGAUCUUCAGAAUGUUGUUGCAGGUAUAAUGCCCAAGCUUUCCUACCAUGAGAAAAUUUCAUUCAAAUCCUUCCUACUUACUAUUGUUCUUAAGUCGUCUCUUGGUGAAAAAGAGGAAAGGUUCACCCUGAUAGUCGAUCCAGAGUUGAGUGCAUGGUCCGAUAAGAGUACCGUGGUUGGACUGACAGACUUACCGUGGUUUAUGGAACGAUUGGGAAUUGUCCAGAUUUCUGAAUAUUUCCAGAAGAGGGGCAUUAGCGAAAAUGUUGAUCUGCUGUCAAUACCAAUCGAUGAAGAAGGCAAACAGCUGAAGACACAACUUUCGAAGCGUUGGCAAACACUGUUUCCCGUACGCGCUACGAGGAUGUUUGUACACUAUUCCAUGCAAAGUAUUAAAAAUGAUGAGGAGUUCGAGGUGCUACAAGCUCUUUGGAAACCCCGAGUUAUUCCAAUACUUCCCUAUAUUAUGCGACUCUUAUACCAGUUACAAUCCUACCACGAUCCAGAAAACUGGAGAGAUCUGCCCGUGAUUGUCCAAUCCUUUGUUAAGUGUUCAACUAUCGAGCGCUUCUGGGAAGCGGGCGCUUCCAACAAAUCCAAAGAUGAAUUUAUCGAUGAGCAUAUGAAGGCCAUGCAGACACUUAGAGAUUUUGCCGACUCAGUAGGGCAUAUAGUGAGAUACACCCGUGAGUAUGUCCUGCUGGUUAUAAGCGCUAUAUCUAGUCUGGGCAGCGUCUUUUACGAAAUUGAAGAACUUCCUCAGAUGUUGAUGGAUUCAAUUGCCAUUUACAAGCCUGCUACGGGAGAAAUAAGCCCGGGAGUCUCAACUCAUGGCUGGAAACACAUUAUAAACGUAGCAAUUCGUCCGCUGCUCAAAAACUGUCCACCGCGGUCUGCCAAAAAAUUCAUGACCACAUUUUUGCCCAAGUUGUUCGAUACACUGGACGCACUUUUGUGCAAAAAGUGGUCAGUCUACAUGAAUGACAUUGACGUCAACCCGUCCCCAAGGGAUGACGACGAAAUGACUGAAGAGAUAUUGGAGGAAAAUCUUUUGAGACAACUUACGACAGUUGUUGUUAGACUAUUGAUUGACUGUGUUGGGCAAGUGGGAACGAAUUCACAAGCCUCAAAAAUGAAGCUCAAUUCUCAUCAAAUCGAGAUGCGAAAAAUUAUAUUUGGCAACAGUGAGGUAAUGGCGUCUUUUCUAAAGCUGUUAAAUCAUUUGAUGUCGUUCAGAGACAGCAAAUGUUCAUUUAAUUCUAUACUUGUGAUGAAAAGUUGCUUGGUGGACACCCUGAUCAAAAACGAAAGUGUUGAUCAGUUCUUCACUACGGAAAUCAUGCCAAACCUUUUGCUUAACGUUUUGACUCAAAACGCUUUCAAGGAUUCGUUGUACGAGGGAUUAUACGUGUUUACCGUCAUAUUCCUGACCCUUUGCAAGGAAUACAAAAGUUCUAUUCAGUACCUCUGCCAGCUGUCCAACGGAUUUGAUGUUGAAAGCCUUUAUGAAAGCGUCAGAAGCGUUGAAAACUACAAAAGUCAGCGUGCAUUGAUGGUGGAAUUCAUCGAUUGGAUCAAGACCGUGAACGGCAACAACAUGGAGGACCAAGACGAUGAUGACAAGAGGAGACAGGAAAAGAGACAGAUUCUACUAGAGCGAGCUAACGAAAGGCUUAUCAAGAAGAAUAAGGAACAGAAAGACAUUUUGGAUGACCCCAAUACCGAAGACGGGGCUUUCGGAAGCUUAUUUACAAGCUGA